AUGGCCAGAUGGCGGACUUUGAAAUUACCUAGUGCAUACUCUUUUCGUAUGGACACCACAUUUCACCUACUGCCUUCCAACAGUCACUGUCCGAAGCCUGGGUGUGGGCGACUCCUACCGGUAAAGUUCAAGCAGGGCGGUAUCAAUGACAGGAAGGCAUACCUGCUGUGCAUCAACCCAACGGUUCACAGUGACAAGUACUGGGUCCAUGAAGAGCGCUCACCACCACUCACUCAAGGUGGACAUGCUCCUGCAAAACCAAAAGGCUGCCAGUCAGCUUUCUGUGUGAUCAAAACGGUAAAAGCUGUGUGCCCCAACCACAUGUGCAAAUCACACUGUAUUUCCACUGGUGGCUGCUUCUCCCAUGGCUUCCCACCUAAUCCACAGCUUCUGCCAUGCCAACGCCGCCAUCCACGCAUCUGCUGCUUCCGCCCAUCCCAAACACUGCCAUCUGCAUAUCCGCCGUCUGUGUCUGGGGCAGAAUCCUAUGACAUCCUUGAUGACUUCUUGUCCCGCACUGCUCCUGCAGAUACAACUAGCUGGGACGCUUAUUACUACUUGUCUGAUGUUGACCACGAUGAGCAAGACUUACAAGCUGCGCUCGCUCAAUCUGUUGCUGACCUGCAGCCUUUGCAUCCGCCUCCUCCUCCUCCUCCUCCUUCUCCUCCACCACCACCUCCAGCUCAAGCACAGACUACAACUUCGAAGCCUAAGAAGGGGAAAAUUCGAGCAGCACCUGGCACUAAGAAGGCUCACGAACAACGUCUCAAGGGUCGCUUUCUUGUCAAUUACUGGGACCAGAAUGGUGCUGAUCCUGUUUCGGUCACUGUCUACAAGCGCUCUACUGUGUGCUCACUCGCCGAACAUCUGGACACCCUGCAAGCUCUCAGCACGGACCUUGGACCAGUCGACUACUAUGAUCUGAAGCUUCGAUGCUGGAUUCAAGAUGAUUUGAAUUGUCCCCUUGAAGUUACACCAAGGCCACGGAGGCCAGGGAGGCACUGCUAUCGUGGUAGCACUGAUGAUGGAUCCGAUAUUGACAUUGAUGAUGGUGCUCCAAGUCUUGCCACCUCACCCGACUGGCGCUUGUCUGUUCCCUCACCGGCCUCGAGCUUUACUCCAAGUCAACUGCUACCUGACGAUUCUGAUUUGGACUUUGGUUCUAGUAUCACGUCGCUGGUCCAACGAAAGAGGUUCCACUAUCACAAUAGUGACAAUGAAGACUCUGAUUGUCCUUCACCAUCCAAGGCUCCGCGUCUCGCCUUUUCGUCUAACGAAGCCCAAUGUACUCUGUCACGGGUCCCGAGUGCUGCCAGUGUUGGACGCCCCAACAAAUGUGUAUCAACUUCCACGCGGUGGCCAACAUUCAUGUACACUAUUGACAUGUCUGAAGGCUUGCAGCAGAUCGAAAGUCCGGAGAUGAAGGAACAGUACCGACGUUUGGAAGAUCGCUUUCAAGUGGUAUUCGGUGUGCCAUUCGCAGCUUCCACCUACCACGACGCAAAAAAACGCUGGCUUCGGGCAUCUGAGGAAGGUUUACUCGAAGAUGCCGAGGCUGCUGGACACACUGAUGCUGGCCAUUGGAGCAAGCUGGCCGCCCAAGUUCCCCUCAAGUAA